AUGACUGAUUGGAUAAGUUGAAUCUUUAAAAACGUGAAUCACAUAGAAGACAGUUUUAGUAAACUACAGUCCCCUAAGAAGAAGUUUUUGUGCUGCAACCGAUUUGGAUGCGUCAUGAGCGAAUGUCCGUACUUCGAGAAGAGGCAUUUGUUAUUCAAAAAUAAACCUCCUCCAGAGGAAGACGAGGAUUCCUCACAGGCUGGGGUAAACAAGGCCAGCAAUGGAGGGAUUAUCUAUGGAGACUAUUUACAGCUCAGUAAAAUAACUACAGCCCAGGUGUUACAAAGUGAAGUAAAGGGCAACAAGAUCCAUGACGAGCACCUCUUCAUCGUCACCCAUCAAGCCUACGAGCUCUGGUUCAAACAGAUUCUUUUUGAGCUCGACUCGGUGCGAGAGAUCUUCAUCAGCGGACACGUUAGAGAUGAGCGCAACAUGCUCAAAGUUAACACUCGCAUCCACAGGAUUGUAAUGAUCUUCAGGCUGUUGGUCGACCAAUUUGCAGUUCUGGAAACAAUGACAGCCUUGGACUUUUUUGACUUUAGAGAAUACCUGUCUGCAGCCUCUGGCUUUCAAAGUCUUCAGUUUCGGCUCCUGGAGAACAAAAUCGGGGUGCCCGACAACCUGAGGGUUCCAUACAACAGACGGCACUACAGAGACAAUUUCAAAGGCCAGGAGAGUGAGAUGGUUCUCAAAACAGAACAGGAGCCAACACUUCUGAAACUGGUGGAGGAGUGGCUGGAGAGAACUCCUGGCUUGGAGGUGGAUGGAUUCAAUUUCUGGGAACAGCUGAAAAUCAAUAUAUUUGAUGGGCUGAAUGUGGAGAAGGAGAAAAUCGAGAAAAUGCCAGAAUCUGAGGAGAAGGAGGAGCUGAUGGCUGAGCUCGCCAAACAGAGGGAGCUCUUYGUGUCUCUGUUUGAUGAAAAACGGCACGACCACCUGGUCAGCAAAGGUGAAAGGCGGCUCUCUUAUAAGGCUCUCCAAGGUGCUUUGAUGAUCUACUUCUACAGGGAAGAGCCGAGGUUCCAGGUCCCUUUCCAGCUGCUCACAUCCCUCAUGGACAUCGACACGCUCAUGACAAAAUGGAGAUACAAUCAUGUUUGCAUGGUGCACCGAAUGAUUGGCAGCAAAGCAGGGACAGGGGGCUCAUCUGGCUACCACUACCUAAGAUCUACUGUCAGUGAUCGUUACAAAGUGUUUGUGGAUCUGUUUAACCUGGCGACAUUCCUGGUGCCCCGGCACUGGGUGCCGAAACUCAACCCCAACAUUCACACCUUCCUCUACAUGGCUGAAUGCUGUGACAGCUCUUAUGGCAGCAGUGAAGACUCGGACUAGUGCGCCUCUCCGUCAGCUGUCCUGGCUCCUCUUUGCUGUAAUAAAUGUGGCAGCUCUAAAACAUUUAUCCAAAAGUUAGAGCAAYCUGCGCAAAGUAGACAAGCAAGGGCGACUGUUGAGAAAGACCUGAAUGUUUUCUCUUAAUWAGGGUGGGAAUUAAUGUCUGCUAAUCAGAUUUUUAUAUUAGUUAAGCAGGGAAAGCAAAACAAAGUUUAAAUAUGAAAUAAAUAAACAGAAAUUGUUGCUGACACCAAAUAUUACACGGAGCCAAAUCGGGCGUUUUUCUUGUUUUACUCUAAUCUUGACUCGGAGGCACAAAGUGCUGCAGACGGCUUCUGAAAAUUACUUGACCUGCAGGCAAAUAGAUCUGUGGGAGGAACGAUCAAACCUUGAAGGAAGAGACAAUGCUACUGGGAUUUUACAUAAAUGAAACCUAUUUCAUCUCGAUACGUCACGGAGGCCGUUACAGAAAACUAAGAUGCACCUCAGGUGAAAAAGGAAAUGUACACAGGAUAGAAUCUGACCACAUCAAUGUCAAUGUAAAAACCAACCUGCCUGCCAUGCAUAAAUAUGAGAAAAUAGAAGCCAAAUAGUGUACAUAAGAAUAUAGCUGCUACAGCCAUGUUUUGUAUAGUACUAUAUAUACUUAUAUAUAUAUAUACAUAUUACAUAAUUUUAUGUAUUUAUAGAGUAAUUAAUGGGAUUUUUGUAUAGAUGGUUUUGAGUCCUAAUACUCAUGUACCUGUUUUAUGUAUUUAAUAAGAUACAUGUUUUGUACAGUGAAAAUGUUGUUGCAGUUUUGCAGUGGACUGUUCUGUUAAUCUGUUAUACAUAUACACACUUGCAAACAUAUGAAGUGAUUUAUUUUGUUGUAGUGAUGCAAGAUGGUUACAUUUCAAUAAAAGCAUUAUUCAAAGUGA